AUGCGACACUUCUUGUCCAAUAAGGUAGAGGUCCUACGUGGUAUCGGCGAAGUUGCAGACGCAGAAAGCAAGAACCUGUCGUUGGAAAGAGCUGGGAUUGUUGAAUCGGUACUUGGAAUGAAAUGGCUACCAGGAGACGACGUUUUCACCUACUCCUUCGUUAUGAGAGACGAUCUCAAGCGGAUAUUGGAGGAGGACCAUGUUCCAACGAAGCCCGAAGUUGUUAAAGUGGUGAUGACAUUAUUUGAUCCCCUGGGACUUAUCGCAUUUUUUCUCGUUCAUGGGAAAAUCCUGAUUCAGGACAUUUGGGCCAGAGGAAUCGGAUGGGACGACGCCAUUCCGAACGAUCUAUAUGAACGCUGGCGUACUUGGACGAACCUUUUUCCGGAACUGGACUUACUUCGUAUUCCACGAUGUUAUUUUCGGUCGGCUCUUCCUGAAAACGUAAACAACCUACAGAUUCAUAUUUUUUGUGAUGCCAGCGAAGUGGCGUUCUCAUGUGCUGCUAACUUUCGUGUAAAAUUAGACGGUGAAAUACAGGUGGCAUUCAUCGGAUCCAAGACUAAGGUUGCUCCACUCAAAACGAUUUCGAUUCCCCGGCUCGAGCUGAAUGCCGCCGUGCUCGGAACUCGCUUUCUGGAAACUCUACAAAGCUAUCACAGUCUACCAGUUUCCCGGAGAUUUCUCUGGAGCGAUUCGAGUACCGUCCUCUCGUGGAUUUGUUCUGAGCAUCGCCGGUACAAUAAGUUUAUUGCCGUCCGCGUCGGUGAAAUCUUAUCAAGCACAAAUCAAAUAGAGUGGAGAUGGAUCCCCACGAAGCUUAACAUCGCCGAUCAAGCAACAAAGUGGAAUAGUGGACCACGGCUUUCGACAGAGAAUCCUUGGUUUCGAGGACCAAAUUUUCUGUACGAAGAAGAAGGCUCAUGGCCAAUACAGCGUUUAGUUGCUCCGACUACAGAAGAGCUCCGCUCAGAUGCCAUCAUUUUGUGCCACCACACACCGCGGUUGGAUAUCCCAAUCGAUGUAUCCCGGUUCAAUUCGUGGACUAGGAUUCAACGAACGGUAGCAUUCGUGCUCCGCUACGUGGAUAACUGUCGUCGAAGGAAAAGACACGAGAGUCUGCAACUGGGAGUUCUCACUCAGGACGAACUGAAGCGAGCUGAAGAACUACUGUGGAAGGUCGCUCAAAAGGAGGUAUUCGCGGAAGAAUUGUCAAUUCUCGCUAAGUCACAGGGACCUCCAGAGAAACGACACUGUACAGUGUCCAGAUCCAGUUCUAUUUACAAGACAUGGCCAUUCAUGGACGAUCGUGGGAUCUUGAGAAUGCGUGGCAGAAUCGGUAUGGCUCCUUACAUACCAAAAGAAGCUAAAUUUCCCGCAAUCUUGCCGAGAAAUCACCCAAUAACAUUUCUGAUAAUUGACUGGUAUCACCGUCGCUUUAACCAUGCAAAUCGGGAAACAGUCGUGAACGAGAUCCGUCAACGAUUUGAGAUUCCGAAGCUUAGAUAA